UAAAUACUUUAAGAAUAAUGAUAUCAAAGAAGAUAUGGAAAUGCUGUGGGGGUCGCAUUAUAAGUUGACAUUUAAAUGUAUCAUUUGUAUUCGGGUAUUACUGAUUGUAAAGGCAUAUUUGAGUAGCUAGUCUUUCGUAAUCAAAAUUGCGACUGGAAAUCAGAAAUUGAAAUGUAUAUAACUGGACUCGUACCCUUUGAUGUUCAGAUUGCCUACUGAUUGGUUAAUCUGAAUUUUCGAAGGAAUGAAACUCUUUUGGAGAAAUAUAACUGAAAUGUUGGAAUUAAACAUUAUUGUGGAUGUAAAUUAUUUAAACAUUUUUGAUUAUGAUUAUAAUUGAAAAGUGCAUGUAGAAAAAUUGUAUUUACGUAUUAAAUAAACCAAAACUUUUUUUGUCAAAUAAAAUACUACUCAGUAUCUUUGAUCAAAAAUGGGAAAUAAUUCUACUUGGAUACUUUUAGUUAUGAAAAAAUUGCUGAUUUUGUGCAUUUUUCUGGAUUUGAAAUCUGUGUCAUCACAGAAGCUUGAUGAAUCUCAAAUUAGUCAAUGGAUGCUUGGAUUUAAACAAGAGUUAGAUUCACAUAUUGACAAAGUUCUUGUUUAUGGUCAGAUUGAACAAAUGUUGUUGGACUUUGAAACCAAACUUGUACAUGCUCCAAUAGACGGUGAAGAAAUUUUUAAUGAAAUAUUUCAGAAUGUCAGUUUGAGAUAUAACCAUGUUGUGUUGGCUGCAAAUAAGUUGAAGCAGAGGCUAGAAAAAGAGGUCAGUAAAUUGAACAAUGUGGAUGGAUCACCAUCGCCUAUUGGCGGACCAACACCUAAGCCACUUACAAACUGUUGCUGUGGCCCAAGCCCAGGACCGUUUGAUGGAAAAGUUCGGGAUACGGUUCAGAAUCAGGAAUGUUAUGGCAGCGAAGAUGCUUUACUUAAAUCCCUCAGUAAAACUGAGUUUGUCAAUACACUGAAAGAAAACUACAAAACCUUGGAAGGUGUUACAUGGCAAUACUUUGCUGAUUCUGAAGGACAUUAUGUCCAGUUCCCAGCAAGUAAGAGAGCAUGUGAUACAAGUGCUCCGCCCAUGCCGGUUGCUCCGCCCAUGCCGGGUGCUCCACCCAUGCAGGGUGCUCCGCCAAUGCCAGAUACCUGUAGCAGAGUGGACACACCUUUAACAAAGGAGUGGUAUGUAGAGAAGUUACAUAUGGAGCGUAAAAACAUUGUAAUCUUAGUGGAUAACAGUGUGAAACCUGUCGGAACUACCGAUGUGAUGUCAGAGGCUAUGACUAAGAUAUUUAACACCCUAACACCAAAUGAUAAGGUUAAUGUAGUCGUUUCUCCAUCAACAACUUCUGUUAAUGUUGAGGUUCCAGAUGCAUGUAAAGGUGGAUUGUUUGUUGCAUCUCAGGCAAAUCUCAAUAAACUCACAUUGUAUGUGAACCAAUUAACUAAAGGGAUAGGUGAGCCUGACUUGAUGGAAGGGUUACAGACAGUUUAUGGCCUCCUUGAAGCUGAAAAGAAUGAAAAUUCUGAUAAUUUCAAGACCAGGACAAAUCUAGUGAUGGUUUUGCUGCAUGCUACAAGUAAACCCUUCCCACAAGGGGAGACAACUCUUCUGGAGAUGAUAGCUCAACAUCAGCUCAAAUUGGAUAACAGUGUACAUCAUUUUAUUUACACUCUUGGUCAGCCAGACAAUGCCACUUUAGACAACCUGGCUAGAGUUGCUGAUCAAAACAACCUAAAAUUAGAGAAUUCAAGUGGAAUCAAGGCAGAGCCAUGGCCUCAGAUUCCAAACCUGGUGACAACCAAACCAAUUGGACUGGAGGGAGUCCUUGUUCCAGUAAAAAGUGAAUCUAAUUUUGUGUCAGUUGUUGAAAAGUAUUUUCAAAGGUUGCCACCCCAAGUUGAUACUGAAUUGACUACUAUAGUGCCAGUUAUGGAUAGGAAAUAUGGUCUUGGAUUGACAGUAGCGGUUCCUGUCUACAAUGGGAGCCGGCCAUUUGGAGUGGUAGCAGCGGAUGGUCCCCUAGCAACCAUUUUCUCAGAAAUUGUAAAUUUUCGAGCAGGGAUCAAAAGUUAUAUGUUUUUGGUGGAUAGCACACAUGGACAUGUAUUGCUUCAUCCCAAGUUACGUGACCCGGCUGAAACAGUAUAUAAAGACACUAUAUUUCCUAGACUAGAUCUCCUGGAGCCCAGCAUAUCUGAGGACAUGAGGAAUCAGAUACUUGCAGCAGGAACCAGUAAUAUCAUUAGUUUUAAAGCUCAGGUGAAGGACAUUCAUCCAGAAAUUGACGGAGAGCUGGUUCCCAGUAAAAUUUCAAGUUUGAGUGAAGCAACAGUGUUUUGUAAAAAAGUAUCUGGAACCAGCCUAGUUGUGGUACUGGUCAAAUAUAAGAGUGAUGAAGUGGAACCAAAAUUACAAACACUGGAUAAGAUUUCUCAUCAGCAUGGAGUUUAUCAUAGACUGGACUUAUUGUAUGGUUCUCCAGAUUUCCUAGGAAAAGAUUCUAUUUGUCACCUUCACAAUGGACAUUUUCUAUCCUUCAAGCAGUCUGUGAUAAAGUUUGCACCGAGUCUGUUUUUACAACCAGAGAAUUACAAGUAUUCUGCUGAGUCACUAAACUCGGUUAUCAAACUCAACAAGUUUAUAAAUGAUGGGAGUGAUACAGAUCUUCUAAACCUUGGUUUAACAGAUCUUAUUCUACAUACACUUGUGUCAACAGACGGAUUAGAUUCUAAAUGGACCAGCAGUGCCAAGGAAGUCUUAGAGAGAUUCUAUGGCUCAACUAACGGUGUAUUUAGAAUAUAUCCAGGGUCGCCAAUGGUUACCACAUUUGAUCACAGAGAAUCUGACUGGUAUAAAAGGAGUGUGGCUUUUCCAAAUACGACAAUGUAUCAUUAUGGGAAGCUGGGCAUAGUAAAUAAGAACAAUGUCAUCAUCAUCAGCAGAGCUGUGGGAUCGAAGAGAUUGUUAGGUGUGGUAGGAAUGACAGUAACUCCCAGAUUCCUCAUGUCACAGCUGCUCAAUUCUGUGCAAGAAUGUUCAGGAGGUAACCAUGAGUGUCACAUUGUGGACAGUACUGGGAGGGUGUUUGAUGCACUAGAUCCAAACACAAAUGGACACUUAACAAAGUUGUUUCCAUGGAUUACAAAUGAACUUGUAAUAAGGAAAAAAAUAAAGCAAGAAUGGUGUACAGGUUUUUCUGAUGGCUAUCAUAAAAUGAUCAUGACCUUGACAGACAGUAUAACCUUGAACUCAAAUGACCCAUGCCAACAAUUCAGCCUUUCACAGGUCAAGGACACUAACUUAUUUGUACUGGUCUUAAGAAAUCGUGAGAAAUUUAAAUGUCAGGACUCUAGUUAUAAGCAAUGUUCAAACUGUCAACCUGCCAUCUAUAACCCUGUGUAUCAACUUUCAAUCCCAAGAUGUACAGUUUGUGAGGUGAACAGAACCUUGACCAGUUGCCAGUGCCAGUGCUUUUGUGAUACAGAUUUGGACACUUGCCAUGGACAGUUCAAUACACAUUUAAACAAUUUUCCAACUCGGUCCUGCUUCUAUUCACCAAAUUAUAGAACAGAAUUUGCUCCAAGUUCUCCCUCACAAAUGACAAAUAUUGACAGGUGCCCAAUACCUUGUGUAGCCAUAGAGGAUCUAGAUGUAUGCGAUGGACUUGCGCAUUGUAAAGCCAGUUCUGAUAAUUACCCAACAUGCAUCUGGAAAGAUGAUGAUGAACUGAAAUCGGUGAAUAUAUCCAGGUAUUUCCCUACAAAAUCUCCACCAAGACCUCCAGUACCAUCUACCACUGGUGGCCUAAAGCCAUUACUGACUACUUCUGAUGGACCUUUCUCACGGCCGCAUCAGUUACCUAGCAACAAACCACCUGUAGCUUCUACGUCUGCUUCAGCAUUUUUCCCGCCACAGAAGCCGCCAACACAGCCGUCUGCUGACAAAACCACAACAACAAAUUUAACACCCCCUGUGUUUCAUUCAACAAAACAAACAUCAGUGGUAGCACCAGUGACGAGCGGUUCUGUAAUCCAUCCCGUUAGCGGAUCAAAAAUGUCAUCACGAGUGACUGAUUUACAAACUAAAGCUUCGGGUCCGUUGCAGACAGGAUCAACAACAAUAGCAGUGAAAUCUUCUGAUAAAAGUUCUAGUGAUUCAGAUAAAGGUUUAAGUGGUGGCGCUAUUGCUGCGUUGGUAAUUGGUCUUCUUGCUCUGGUAGCUAUAAUUGUGUUUAUAGCUGUGAAGAUGUACAAUAAAAAGUUCAGGAGACCAGGAGCUGAUGAAUCUGCAAAGUAUCGGGCCGGAAGUUCAAUGUUUGACAGCACUGUGUUUUUGAGAAAUCUCGAUCAGGUAUCAAUAAAUGCUUCAGCUCCAAAUGCAACCAAUGUACCUUAUCAAGAAAUGACAAACUAAGAUGAAAUUGAUGUGUCAAACUAGUUCACACUUGAUUUACAAAUUUGAGAAGACAAACUAAGUGCAUGGAAGUUUUGUUUUUGCAUUGAUUUGUCAAAGAAGCGCACACUUGAUUUACAAAUUUGAAAUGACAAACUAAGUGAAAUUUUUGUGUUGGAAUUGCUGUGUCAAACUAGUUCUUACAAAUUAAUUCUGGUUACAAUAAUAAUAAUAACAAUAAUAAUAAUGAAAAUUAGAGAAUUUAUUGAAUUUUAUCAUUUAGAGAUUUG